UUAGGUUUUCCGAGAUUUAGGGCUAGGGCUUUACGGCGGCUGUGGUUGUGCGUGUAGCGAUGGCGCCUGCGACGAAGAAGGGCGCGGCGGGAGCGACAUCCAAGGGGAAGAAGAAGGCGACCUUCACGAUCGACUGCGGCAAGCCCGUGGAGGACAAGAUCAUGGAGAUCGCCUCUUUCGAGAAGUUCCUCCAGGACCGGAUCAAGGUAGGGGGCAAGACGGGUGUCCUGGGCGAUACUGUGACCAUCACCAGGGAGCGCAACAAGAUCAGCGUCACAUCCGAGAAUGCAUUCUCCAAGAGGUACUUGAAGUACUUGACCAAGAAAUACCUCAAGAAGCACAACGUGAGGGAUUGGCUGCGAGUGAUCGCGUCCAACACUGACCGCAGCGUCUACGAGCUCCGAUACUUCAACAUCGCCGAGAACGCGGCCGACGAGGAGGACUGAUUCAUCGAUGCAAGGAAGAAGAAUUCACCCCUUUUGUUUUUGUGUAUUGCAAGCGUUCUAAACGGAAGUUUUACCUCUUAAGUUCCUCCUA